AUGACGGGCAUGCUGGUCGGGCCGAGCAAGUCGGGGAAGAGCACGGCCCUUGUCAGCAUGAUUCUGGAGCAGUACCGCGACUGCUUUGAAAGAAUCAUCAUUUUCAGCCCGAGCAUCAACGUCGAUGACAGCUGGCGCCCCGUCAAGAGGUACAUCGAGGAGGUGAUGAAGGUUCCGACGGACCGCGAGCAGCAGCUCAAGAUGAAACAGCUCUACCAGAUUCUGGUGGUUAUCGACGACCAUGCGGACUCCCCCGCUCUCCACAAGAAGACUGGAGAUGCGGCCCUGGACACCCUGUUCAUCCGCGGGAGGCAUUUCCAGAUCUCCACCAUCGUCUCCACGCAGAAGCUCCGCCUCAACGCGGUCCGCGUCAACUCCCAGUUCUACAUGGACUGGCGCCUGCGCAAUCAGUUAGAAAAGGACAGCCUGCUGGAGGAGCUCACGGCGCUGCUGCCGAAGCGCGAUCUUGAGGCCAUCUAUACGAGGAGGCCGUCAGGGAGCCCUACAGUUUCCUGUACACUGAACCACAGGGACGCCAUGUUCCACGUUAGGUUCGAGCGCAUGUUUCAAAUAGGAGCGGCGCAAGAAGAUGGGAACCGUGCUGGGGACGAUCUUCAGCAAGCUCCUGGGAAGCAGCGCCCUGUGCCAGAGCGAGUGCAGAAACAUUAA